AUGGCUGGAAGCAAAAAGGUGCACAAACAACUUGGAAAGCCUGGCCAGGCCAGUGGCUUACUUGAACGCCACAGAAUUGCAACCACCUCUGAGGAGGAGGAGCACGGAAAAGUAAGUUCUAGAUUGCGAAGCAAAGAAGAUGAAUACCCACAGAGGUAUUCUCUCUCUGAUCCCCGAAGUGGAUUUUCUUUGCACUGGCUUCCUACAGUUUUCCCAUUUGAUGUCAAAGGAAGUUUUAGAUGUGAGACAGAGACGGGUUACAGUGUUCUGAACUCUGCUUUGGAAAUUAAUGACAAGUGGCUUGGACGGCGGCUGCUUCAGGAAGGCGAAGAAAAUGUCACGGAUAAUCCUGAGGAGACCGAAUUUCUCUAUCUCAAGAACUGCACUGAGCCAGCUCUCAAUGAAUUCCCAAGCGACAUCUUCACAAAUGAGGAUCGACGGCACGGAGCAGUAUUCUUGCACGCUUUCUGUGCUGUCUACAUGUUCUAUGCUUUGGCGAUCGUUUGUGAUGAUUUCUUUGUCCCUUCAUUGGAAAAGAUUUGUGAACGUUUGCAUCUCAGUGAAGAUGUUGCGGGAGCAACAUUCAUGGCGGCUGGCAGCUCUGCUCCAGAACUCUUUACCUCUGUUAUAGGUAAUUAA